AACCGUUUUUUUUUAAUGUUGGCUUUAACUUCUCGCCGGUUAACGGCCGACCAAGGUACUGUCGCAGCAACUGAUUUGCCAAUGUGCAGAUUCUCCGACUCCGAGAGACCAUCCAAACCGGAAGAUCAGGAGACCGUCGACUUGGAAGCUGGUACUAAUGUUCCAGACGGCGACUCUGAAGCUUUCGUACGUGAACAUCCAGAAACAGAACCAGCAAACGCUACUGGCGGGUUUGAGAUUGGACUGGACGAACUCGUCCAAGUGGUCAGAGAUCGAGACCUUCAAGUUCUGAAUCACUAUGAUGGGGUUAGAGGGUUGUCAACUCUGCUGAAGAGUGACCGUGAAAAGGGCAUAGAUCCGCUCAACGAUGAGAUACGGCAACGUAGGCAGGCAUUUGGGUCAAACACAUACCCUUGCAAAAGGGGAAACACUUUCUGGAGCUUUAUCUGGAAAGCUACCCAGUUUCCUCCUUAUAGGGUUAUUCUGAUUGUGGUUGUUAUAAGUUCGCUCCUGCAAAUAAGUGGAAAGGCUAUAUCCGAUGGUUGGUAUGUCAAAGCUUGCGCCAUUUUGGCCAUUGUCUUUUACAUCAUUGUAACAGCUAUCACUGAGCACAAGCAGUCUCGUCAGUUUGAAAAACUUGGCGAGGAGAUGAGAAACGUACCCCAAGAGAUUAUUAGAGGUGGAAGAAGAGUCUCGGUUUGUUCUAGCGAUAUUGUUGUUGGCGAUAUUGUACCCCUCAAGAAUGGUUUUCAGGUACCUGCAGACGGUGUCCUGUUUGUUGCAAACUCAUUGAAGAUUGACGAGCAAGAAUUAACUGGCUCACACUUGAUUGUUCAAAAAGAUAUUCUAAAGGACCCAUUCCUGUUAUCUGGUUCCAAAGUGAUAGAAGGCAUAGGUUCAAUGCUGGUUACAAGUGUUGGAAUAAACACUGAAUGGGGGAAAAAGAUUGAGACACAACCUGAGACGGAUGAAGAAAAGCCCUUUCAGGCAUACCUGAAAUGGCUUGCUAUUUCUGCUAGCUUGUUAGUCAUUUGGCUCGCUUCAGUUGCCUGUAUUGUUCAGUUAUGCCGAUACUUUUGUGGUCGGACCAAAAAAUCAGAUGGAACUCCAAUGUAUAUGCCCGGAAAUACCAGUUUCGAUGAAGCAAUGGAAUUUGUGAUCAAAUCCCUGAGUUUUGGGAUCGAGACAAUCAUCGUGGCAGUGCCUGUUGGACUUUUUAUAGGUGUUGACUUGAAUCUUGCAUAUACUACGGGGAAAAUGAUGAUAGACAAGGCUUUGGUUCAAAAAGUCUCUGCAUGUGAGCGAAUGGUAUAUGUUACAACUAUAUUGUGUCAUAAAACUGGAAUCUUAACUAAGAAUAAGAUGUCGGUGGUUGAUGUCUGGGCUGGAGGAAUAAGAAUGCCUGUUUCACAGCUGCCCUUGAUUCUUAACGAACUAAUAAUAGAAGGCAUUGCCCAAAACACAAAUGGCAGUGUUGUUUUUGAAACAGGAGCCACUGAGCCAGAGAUGUAUGGAUCACCAACAGAACAAGCCAUUCUGAGCUGGGGGAAUAAGUUGGGAAUGAAGUUUGAUGAGGCUAGGUCAGGAUCACCAGUCCUUCAUGUUAUACCAUUCAAUCCAAAAAAGAAAUAUGGAGGCGUGGCAUUAAAGGUUGGUACAGGACACCACGUUCAUUGGAAAGGAUCUGCAAAAGUUAUUCUUAAUUCAUGCAAAUGGUAUAUGGAUGGGGCCAACAACCGCAUAGCUAUUGAUGAACAGAAACAGGAGAUGAAAAGAAUAAUAAAAGACAUGUGUAUGAGAGGAAUGCGUUGUGCGGCACUUGCUUAUCAAUCCUAUGAGCUGGGGAGUCUUCCAACGACUGAUGAGGAACUUUCUACACUACCUCAGGACCUUGUUUUGUUGGCUAUUAUUGGUAUAGAGGAUCCUUGCCGGUCAGACACAAAGAAUGCGGUCAAGUUGUGCAAUUCCGGAGGUGUUAAGGUCCGCAUGGUGACUGAGGAUGAUGUUUUGACUGCUCAAGCAAUAGCAAAGGAUUGUGGGAUACUGGAGAAUUUAGAUGGCCUUGAUACAAUGACUGGAGCUCAAUUUCGUGUUCUUUCCGAUCUAGACAGAAAGCAGAGCGCCCCAAAUAUCUCGGUUUUGGCUCAAGCCUCUCCCGAGGACAGUUUUUUGUUUGUCGAAGCGCUGCAAGGAAGUGGGAAUGUAGUUGCAGCCACUGGGAUGGGAAUACAUGAUACAAUGACACUAGGCGCGGCCAAUGUUAGCCUCGCAAUGGGGAUUGGAGGGACAGCAGCAGCUAAAGAGAAUGCCGAUAUUAUUAUAUUGGAUAACGAUUUUAAUACGAUUGUCAAGGUUAUCCAACGGUGUCGAUUUCUUUACACCAAUAUCCCGAGGUAUGUCCUAUUCCGGCUCAAAGUGAGUGUCUCAGCCGUGGCUAACUGUGUGGUGGAGGUUGUAUUCUAUAAUGCAUUUCCACUUUAUGCCGUGAAGUUUCUGUUGCAUAAUCUCAUUCUCGACAUCUUUGGACCACUAGCGUUAGCUUAUAAACCAUUAGCCCGCAGCCUAAUGGAAAAGCCACCAGUUGAUAUAAGUGAGCCUCUCAUAACCAAGAAGAUGUGGUGCAAGAUGGUGAUACAAGUGAUUAGCAUAAUGCGGCGGGCGCUCCUAGAUUCUGAUAGUGUAAUGAAGCUGGAUCAUGGUCAUACCGAUGCUGAAAAAGUGAAGAACACAUUUAAAUUCAAUUGUUUGGUCUUCUGCCUGGUAUCCAAUGAGUUUGAAAUCAGAAAUGGAGACCAAACCUUGAUAGAAGUUCUUAAAGACAACAUGUUUGUCUUAACAAUAACCGCGAGCAUCAUAGUUCAGAUAAUCUUGGUAGAGUUCCUUGGCAAUUUCAAUUCUGCCGUUAGGCUUGACCCGGAAAAAUGGCUCAUCUCCUUCCUUGCGGGAACACUUGACCAGGCACAAUCACCUAAGAACCUAAUUUGUUCUCACAUCAUUUAAACUGUAAUGUUGAAUACUUCAUAUCCUUUUCAAAGUUGCAAUUAUUUUAGCAGUUACUUAUGA